CCUCCCGCAACUCUCCUAAACCAUCUCCAGACCUGGUAUCCGCGCACGCGAAAGAAAGUCCGCCCAUAAUGUUCUGCCUACGCAGCUGGAUACCAGUACUCUUCUUCCUCCUCCGCACACACGCCUCUCCCGUCUACCUCGUCCUUUUCAUCUCCGCAACUUACUUCCUCAACCGCCCGUGCGUGUACUGCUCGCUCCUCCUGUUCAUCCUCGUCGCCGCGCUCUUCGACUUCCACACGCCGUGGUUCGACUCGCCGCUCCCGGGCACGACGGACCUCGCGCUGAACGGGACGGCGCCGCUGCUAGAUACUAUGGGCGAGCUGGUGCAGGUGGCGAAUCACACUGCGCAAGCGCUGGCCAAGGGCGCUGUGGAUGGCAUCAGGGCGAAAGUGCAAGGUAGUGGGGGUCCGAGUUAUGAGUGGGUGAGGGGCCUGCUGGGAAAGAAGGAGUGGCGGGUGCAGUGUUUGGAUGUUUUGAUCCGGGUUUGAGGAGAGGGAGCGCGGAGAGUGUGCUUGGGUAAUGGCAGGGCGAUGAUUGGGCGUCUUUGGACUUGGGCUGGGUCGUUGGUUCGUGAUAUCACUGCAUUGCGGGCGCUUGAUUUUGGAGCAUUUGCAUGGUGUUCAAUGGGACUUGAGGGUUUCGACAGCUGUUUUCUGUGCGCAUCUCCUCGCUUGUCUGCCGGUGUGCAAGAAUGGUGGGACGAGAUGAAGUCGGUAAUAGCAGCGAAAUAUCAUGCACCGCAGAUGCCAACUCACCCAGCUUGUAUUUGAGCUACAUCCAUUUCCUGAGUUCACAAUAACGCGUGCGGCAAUGCAGUAGUUGGU